CCAGACCUUUCCGUGGAACUGCAUCAGAAUUUAAACAAUAUACCAGCUUUAUUUUUUUGGUUUGCGAUUGAGUUCAGCUGAAGAUGCGUCUGUUUAUCGCCUCGAUGCUGCCGGUGUUCGGUUUUCCGUUCAUCGUGUCAGAAGUUGUAGAUUCAUUUAAUUCAUGCAAACAGUUUUUUUUCACUGAACACCCUCCAAUGAUUACAGGCAUUCUGGAGAAUUCAGUCUCAAAGGAUAAUAACCGCUACAAACUAAUCUGUCAGAAAUAUAAGAACGCUUACAAAUUUGCAACUCUCUACGACACAAAAAAUAGGAUCCCUGUUUUCUCAGCUUACGGAUAUAUUGGACAUUGUAAAGGGAGACCACAAAUUCCAUGGAUGAUCGAGCCACAGCUUGAAGCUUUGAAUCCUGAAAUGCGUGAACCAUGUGUCAAUCAGGCUUACUCAGGAGACUACUGGGCACAGAAAAACUUCACUCGUGGUCACUUAUUUCCUAACGGCCAUUCAGAUGAUAAAAUCACUGCCAAAUCUACAUUCACACUGACCAACACUGUGCCACAGUACAAGAGCUUUAAUAAUGGUAGCUGGAAUAGCAUGGAGCAGAAGGUUAGAAGUUUCAUGGAUUCUCACUGCCGUGACGAAGACAACCCAAAUAACACCUUGGCGUACGUGCUGACUGGAUCUGUGCCAAGCAAAAACACACUCUUGAAUAAAAGAGUCAACAUUCCUUCACACGUGUGGACAGUGUUCUGCUGCUAUAACAGCAGUGACAGCAGAUGGGUGUCCGAAGCCCACUGGGCUGAAAACAUAGAUGAGAGUAAAGAUCCAGAUAAGACUAUCAGUGCAAAAACACUGGUGGAAUUACAGCAGUUUCUGUCAAAAGCAUAUAACAGAAAAUUCAAAUUGUUCAGUAAUGACUGUUCAGAACUGAAACAAAAGAAAGUCAUUUACAUUUACUGAAGAUGAGCAAAAUCAAGGUGGUCCUCAGGGUCAUUACAUUAAACUAACUUUUUUGUUACUUGAAAACUUAAUUCAUUUCAGAUAGUUGCUUUGGAAAUAAAGUUUAACUUGAUGUACUAACAUCCCUAAAACUAGAAUUAAAAUGGAUAAAAAGGCAUUUAUAAACACAAUGUAACUUUAACUAAAAUGGAAAAUAUAAAAAUGAAAGCUCAAACUAAAUAAAAACGACAAUGCAAUGAUAUUAAAACGGUUUUAAUAACAGUGUUGAUAAAUGCAAAGACUUUUUUUUACCAGUCUAGUCUGAACUUGCUUUAGUAUGUAUACGGAUUUCUGUGAAUAACUCUUGAUCCUGUUUUUUUUUUCUUUUCUUUGACAACUUUGUAAAGCCGAACAAAUAAAAACUUAAUCAAUUAAA